AAACGCAAACGCCUUGGUCACACUACAACUUUAGUACUUGAAAAAAAAAAACGAACAAAACGAUAAAAAAACAUUCCUACCAUCGAAUUAAAGUAUUUUAACUGCCGUUGAAUAAUGUUUAUUGUGGCGGUAACUGGCGGCAUCGCCACAGGGAAAAGUACCAUCAGCAAAGUGUUCGAACGCCAGGGCAUUCCAGUCAUCGACGCCGACAAAAUCGCCAGGGAGAUUGUGGAACCAGGUCAGCCGUGCUGGCGGCAGAUUCGGGAAGUCUUCGGAGAUGAGGUCCUCCUGCCCAGCAAGGAGAUCAACCGCGCUGUUCUGGGGAAGAUGAUCUUCGAGGACAAGGAGCUGCGCGGCAAGCUGAACAAGAUCACCCAUCCGACCAUCCAUCGCAAGAUCUUUUGGCAGGUGUGCAAGCUGCUGGUCACGGGGCACGCGUGGAUCGUCCUCGACCUGCCACUGCUCUUUGAGACGGGUGUGCUGAUGGACUUCAUACACAAGAUCGUCUGUGUAACCUGCGACUCGGACAAGCAGCUGGAGCGAUUAAUAGCCCGCAAUGAGCUCUCGGAGUCGGAGGCGCGGCAUCGCGUCGAUUCGCAAAUGCCGCUGGACAAGAAGUGCGAGAAGUCUCACUUCGUCAUUGACAAUAACGGGAGCGUGGAGGAGGCGGAGAGCUCGGCCAUGAGCAUUUACAACCUGAUGCGCGACUCCAAGCAGCACUGGCUGAACCGCAUCAGCUUCCUGGGGCUGUUCCUAAUCGUUGGCUUUACAAUAUAUAUGCUGCUGAAGGUGUUCAACCGGUUGCCCGAGUCCUGGCAGAUGUAGUCCGUGUCUGUACGUGCCAUACGAGGCCACUUUACGUGUUAAUGCAAAUGAUACCAAACCAAUUAUACAAUUUAAACGCUUGUUAGUGAAAUAUAUUGUGGAAACGUGA